CCAGGAUUGGAUCUCAAGUGGAAACCACGUGAUUGUGGAUUCUGUUGCCCCUCUUACUUGUCUCUUGACUGGCUCAAGACGACCGUCACAAAUUAACCUUUGAUUGAUCAACAGAGAACACGAUAGACCUCUCAGAGCAGAAGACAGUACCUCUUCUUCAUUGAUUCAGUCGAAGGCUUGCUAGAGAAGAAUUGAUCUUAUAGAACCAACGUUGAUCUCUGGGACGUCUGACUUUCAUCUUGUUCGCACCUUACUCGACUAUUUCUGAGCGCGUUUACCUGUGAAACAGUUGGCAUUGAACUGUUGGAUGUGAGCGAUAGGAAGUGUGAAUCGUGAGACUGGGAAUCUUCUAUCUGGACUUCCUAUUCUCUUAUUUGAUCCACAAGCUGGUUGUUAUUAGCUUCAAAGUUCCUGGUCCAACCCAUCCCCAAAAUGUCACCCCACAACCAACCACCAUCAAUGGACACUAAAGCCAUGCCUCGUCUUACCGACAACAUGGGCAAUGGCCUCUUUGCUACAAAGGAUAUCAAUGUCGGAGAAGAUGUGCUGAAGACGAACCGUCCCUUUGUUGCUGUGCUCGAUACUCCUAAGCUCGAGGAUACUUGCUCGGGAUGUUUUGGGAAAAAGCAGUUUUUUGACGGGGUUAAGCCUCCGAAAGCUUGUACGGGAUGUAAGGUUGUGAGGUAUUGUGAUAGGGCCUGCCAAUCCAAGGACUGGAAAUUCGCGCACUCACUUGAAUGCUCAAUCUAUUGCAAGCUACAACCGAAGAUCCUACCCAACUUUGCGAGAGCUGUCUUACGGAUUAUUCUGCGCCGGGCAAAUCAGAAAUACGAUGACUCGGAGUUCGACAUCUUUCAGAUGCUCGAAACGCAUGCCGCUGAGAUUCGAGAUACGAACCAAGACCAGUGGAACCGUAUCUUGCUGACAGCAAAAGCUGUCAAGGAAUACUCACGCACUGAUAUGAAGGAAGAAUCGAUUGCUUCCUUCCUUGCAAAGAUCGACUUGAACACAUUCAACCUUGUUAACCCGUUAUAUGAUCGCGUUGGUCUAUACCUACACCCAUACGCGGCAUUUAUAAACCACAGCUGUGACUAUAACUCAGUGGUGGGGUUUGACGGCGAUGAGCUAUUCAUCAAGGCUACAAGGCCGAUCAAAGCAGACGAACAGAUCUUCAUUUCGUACGUUGACGCCACCUAUCCGUAUAAUGUUCGACGCAAGGAGCUAGCCGAGCGAUACUAUUUCGAAUGCAAUUGUUCCAAAUGCGAGCAAGGAAAAGAGACCCGUGAAGACCAGUUUCUACCAACAUCGUUGGACCCCUCCACUCUGGAGGACAUUGACGAGAGAGCGCGGAACCUGGUUGCAUCCGCAAGCGCUGAUAAUGAUGCAUUACAAAGUAUGGAGAAGCUCCGAUCUGCUUUACGCAUGCUACGAGAAACCUCGGCUUGGCCCAUCACUCGCCAGCCUUACGUAUCUCUGCGGGAUGAAUUGAUCAUAGCGAUGGCCGCAGCAAAGCAAUUUCAAUCAGCUUUUGUACAAAUGGUCAUUCGGUAUCUUCGCGUUGACCCUAUUGUAUACCCAUACGAGGGCCACCCUAUUCGUCAAGUUCAUACCUACGCCCUUGUGAAAGUUGCUAUGAACCUAAAUCGGAACCACGCAAUAGGUUCUCCGGAUGCCGUAUUCCAGAAGUUCCCCAAGGAUAUGGACUUAAUCAUAUGGGUUCUGUUGUCCCAGCUGGUCAAGAGCCAGCAGACAGCUUGUACAGUUCCCAGUUUUCGGGAAUUGGUAAAUUCAACAUACCGAACGGUCGACGGGGAGUUCAAGAAGUAUGGUCUUGAACCGGAGAAGUUUGUCACCGAGAUCAAGGAGGAAUGGGAGAAGCUUGAAGCAACUGCUGAUGAGGCCCUUAAGAUGGAGUGAAGACUGUCAUAUAUCUCGAACUGUACAUGUGGAGCCCUUCAAAUCGUUAUUUAGAAAUGUUCAAUGUACGAACCAUGAUGUCUUCCUCUCCUCGCUGCUUACAGCCAGCCCCUAUGGCUAAGGGGCCGCUGUGAUGCAGGCGAUUGGUUGAUCCUGCCGGUAUGGGAAGAAGA